AAAAAGCCGCAUUACAGGCUGUGCAGUACACACACUCGCUACUAACCGAUAACUAACAUUGGACAGACGGAGUCUGCACAUGCCAGGCGAGUUGAAGGAGGGCCAUGGCUGACGCUCAUCGAGAAAUUCAACCAGCGCAUUACAUUCUUCAAUCGAAACAAUGGCUUCCAGGUCCAACUGAAGCUGAGAUAGAGCGCACCCCCAGCUUUAUCCGUGUCGUAUCAUGGAACAUUGAUUGCAUGAGACCAGAAGCAGACCAUCGCCUAGAUGCUGCUCUCUCUUAUAUACAACACCAAGUCUUCAAGUGCAGGACGAAUCGUAGACGUCCUGAACCAUGCUCCAUUCUCCUCCAAGGCGUUCUAGCCACUGCAUUCGCUACCAUUCUCAACAACAAGUGGGUCCAGAAUUUCUUCGUCGUCAUUCCCUCAACUACAGACGCCUGGCCUAAGCUUGCAAAGUAUGGCACCGUCACCCUCCUCUCUCGUUCCAUCCACAUCGCAAAGUCUUUUUCCAUUCAUUUCAACUGCUCUGAGUCGCAGCACCAUGCUAUUUUCAUAGAUGUCAAGCUAAGCGGUCUCCUGGACACCGCGCAAGCUCCCCCAUCGUCUGCAUCUACCGUCACCUUGCGAAUUGCUAACACCCACCUUGACCCAUUACCCGAUGGCGCCCCAAUCAGGGAGAAACAACUCAAACUCGUCGCUGAUACUUUAAUGCAGGAUGGGCUGUUCGGCGGAGUCGUUGGAGGGGACUUUAACGCUGUCACGCCCAAUGACUCCACACUGGUAGAAUCUGUUGGCUUGUGGGAUGCAUGGAGCGGUGAUGAUACCGAUGAAAGAGGAUUCACUUGGGGGUAUCAACCCCGUUCCCCACUCGCCCCGGGAAGACUGGACAAAUUGGUCUAUACGCCUCGUCCAGGCUUCUUUAUGGACACACCAAAGAAGCUCGCCGUUGGGAAGAAAUACGGGAAACUAACACGGAGGAGAUGGAUCAGCGACCACUGUGCUCUGUUGACCAAGGUGCAAUGCGUAUAUUUCGCAUCCGAUGCUUCAGAUUAUGAUCCAUCAGACCAUGGGCACGUUCAGCAAGGUCUGAGAGAGCAAAGGAAUAUCGAAACAUGCUCACUUGACCACCCACUCGCGUCUCAUUCACCUUCCCGCAGCAAAUACAUUAUUCCACUCCAACCUGGUCCCAAUUCUCGGUCAAGACGGAAACCCUGGAAACGCUUGCUACGCAUGAAGUCAUCAAGAACAACAUUCUGACGAAACUAGGACCCAUUGAAAGGAAGUAUCAGACGCCCAUUUUACUAACCCGCCACGCUCACAUCUUGCAUAUGCAUCGCAUUCUAGCUGGACCUCACACAACUACCAACUCAACAUGUUCUGCUGUAGUAUAUCGUGUAUGACUAGCACAUUGUCUUGACUAUUACCUGUUUCUUGUG